GAAUCACGUGACAACACCAAUCGCCCACGUGGGAACAGACAGACUCCAUUCUUUGUGCAGUGAGGGGCUCCCUGCCUCGUUGGGAGGUCAGCGUAGUAAACACUGCUUCGGUGCUCCAGACGCCUAAGGGCUUUCGUUACAGCGAUGCCGAAGCGGGGGAAGAGAGCGGCAGCGGAAGACGGGGAAGAACCCAAGUCCGAGCCAGAGACCAAGAAGAGUAAGGGGGCAGCAAAGAAAACUGAGAAGGAGGCCGCAGGAGAGGGCCCUGUCCUGUAUGAGGACCCUCCAGAUCAGAAAACGUCAGCCAGUGGCAAAUCUGCCACACUCAAGAUAUGCUCCUGGAAUGUGGAUGGGCUUCGAGCCUGGAUUAAAAAGAAAGGCUUGGAUUGGGUAAAGGAAGAAGCACCAGACAUCUUGUGCCUCCAAGAGACCAAAUGCUCAGAGAACAAACUCCCGGCUGAACUGCAAGAGCUGCCUGGACUCACCCAUCAGUACUGGUCAGCUCCAUCAGACAAAGAAGGAUAUAGUGGUGUGGGCCUACUUUCCCGCCAAUGCCCGCUCAAAGUCUCUUAUGGCAUUGGUGAGACCUCAAUGGCAUUCAUGUCUGAAUGUUCUUCAUUUUACUGUACUAUUUCUUUAACAUUUUGUGCUGCUUUUCAUUUUUAUAUAGGUGAGGAAGAACAUGAUCAAGAAGGCCGGGUGAUUGUGGCUGAAUUUGAGUCCUUUAUCUUGGUAACAGCCUAUGUUCCGAACGCAGGAAGGGGUCUGGUAAGACUGGAGUACCGACAGCGAUGGGAUGAAGCCUUCAGAAAGUUUCUAAAGGACUUGGCUUCCCGGAAACCUCUUGUGCUGUGUGGGGAUCUCAAUGUGGCUCAUGAAGAAAUAGACCUUCGUAACCCCAAAGGAAACAAAAAGAAUGCUGGUUUUACUCCCCAGGAGCGCCAAGGCUUUGGGGAAAUGCUACAGGCUGUACCACUGGCUGACAGCUUCCGGCAUCUCUACCCCAACACUGCCUACGCUUAUACUUUCUGGACUUACAUGAUGAAUGCCCGCUCUAAGAAUGUUGGUUGGCGCCUUGAUUACUUUUUGCUGUCUCACUCUCUUUUACCUGCUUUGUGCGACAGCAAGAUCCGGUCCAAGGCUCUUGGCAGUGACCACUGUCCCAUCACCCUUUACCUAGCACUGUGACACUCCCCUCAAGUAGCUUCAUGCUGGGAAAUAGCCUCCUCUCCUCCAGGAGACCAGUGCGUUAUCUCUUCUUCAGGUGUUUACUCCCCUCUAAACCAAACUUCUGGUUUCCUUUAAACAAUCCAAGUGAAAUAAAAGUCCUACUUUUCAACUUCA